AUGGCUAAACCGAAGAGCCGUACGGCUCCGCACUUCGCGGAGUCGCGCGGCGACAGCACCUUCGUGAAAAUUAAAAAAAAAACUAAGAAGAUAAGGGGACGCGGUUUGAUGGGGGCUGGUGUGCAACCUCUUGAAGGUGCUACGCGACGCAAGGGUCAAACAUACAACCUUAACGAUAUUCAGAAAUUAGCUACUCCAUCGGCAUAUAUCUAUCUUCUCGAUCCACGCAUCAUCUCCAAGACCUCGGAUCUCUACCAGUUCCAAGCUGAUAAGAACCUAGCUGAACUCAAAAGCUUGAUGAAGGAUCUCAUCAUCAAGGAAUCUCCGUAUCAAGAACGUCCAACAGUAUGGGCAUCUGACUCAAAGCCAUACGAUACGAAGUCAGUAUCGACUCAGACAGAUGCCGUAGCUGGUGGGCACCUCCUGAUUGCUUGA